UGAGCCUUGUGAACUUGCUUGCCAAGCAACAUUUGCGGAUAAAACUCCCAUUGAGUUGGCAGACUAUUCAACAAUCGACGUUGCUGCCAUUGGAACGCGCUGCUGGGAUCUGUUAUUUAGACGCUUUUGGGAGGUUUGUUUGAGCAAGUUCGUGUCAAAAGUGUGGAUUCGACGACGACCAUGGCGGUGGAAUUGGUGGAUGGGUACCGGUGGGUGCUCGCUGUGCUCAUUGCGAACGUAGCUCUUGUUGGCUGGAUGGCCAAAAAGGUUGGAGGUGCUCGCAGGAAGUUCAAGGUGCCCUACCCGAUCAUGUACGCCGACGAGAAAGAACACAAAGACGCUAAAAUUUUCAACUGCGUCCAAAGAGCCCACCAGAACACCCUCGAAUUACUGCCGGCAUUUAUGGCGGCGCUACUUGUCGGUGGCCUUGAAUUCCCUCGCACUGCAGCGGCUCUCGGGGCCAUCCACUUCCUAGCUCGGAUCCAAUACUUCAAGAACUACUCCGUCGGUGAUCCUUCGAAGCGAUUUGCUGGCGGCGGGAGGGCCGUCUUUCCAGCUCUCUCCGGCCUCUUGCUUUUCUCCAUCUUGUCCGUUGUGUGCCAAUUCGUUCCCCAGCUCUACUGAGCACGAUCUUGCUCUACUGCCCUCUUACAGCUUCAGGAAUUGAACAAUGGUCGUGCCCCUCUCGUCAAUCCUCUAAACGUCGACCUUUUGCUUUGAAAAUUAUCUAUAUAUAUAUAUAUAUAUAUAUAUAAAUCGAUAAUAUUUAGAUCAGGGUAUUCAACAUUUGUGUGUAUUUGCCUCAUCUCACCCACCAUUUUAAUGUAAAGUCUCAUCAAACGUGCACGCAA